GCCUCAUUUUUGAGAAACUGGUUAAGUUUAUGCCGAAUAUUUGAAUUGUGCUUAGAUUAAGUUUGGGGAUGAGGCUUUGUUUAGGCUGUCCAAAUGAAUGGAAGUCAAUAUGUGUCCUGAAAAAGAAAAUCUGCACUAAACUAUGUGUAUAUAUUCAGUCAAGCAUGCAAUGGGACCAAGUGCUACUAAAUGAAUGGUCAUUGCCACCGAAUAAUGUAAUAAAUAAUGAGGUAAAACAAAUGUGCUUUUUUUAAAAACUCCAUUUAUUUCAUUUUAUAAGACCUAACCCUGCAGCCUCUCAAAAACAUUUUAAAUGUGGUCUUUAUUUUUGGAGAGUGAGGGACAAACCUGUUUGUUGUACCUCCACAGAAGCAGUUAUUUUCCUGCCAUGGUUGCGGCUGUAACAGCAGUGGUUUUUUUGACAACGCUGAACCUUUUUUUUUUUCUUCUUAUGUGUAUUUCUUUCUUAAAUCUGGCAGCUUUGGAACCUCUUUAAUCAUCUGAAUCUUCAAUUGAAGCCGUUUCACUGUCGUGAACCACUUCAGAAGACUGCGCACAGAUUUCUCUCCCUACAACCUGCUUUAUGUUGUGUCUGAAACAGGAUGUGGUAUUGCUUUUUGGAUUUCUUAUUUUCAGUACAAUUAUUAUCUUAAAAGUCAUGAUGGGGUCUGAAUAGCUGCUGGAGGGGGCGGUCCUCUGCUAUACAGCACCAUCCUCUCUCUCUCGCUCUCUCUAUCUCUCUCUAUCUCACCUUCUAUACUCACAGCUAUAAGAGACUUCCUGUAGCCCCAGACACCAGCUGUGGUUAAAAGUGGAAAAUGUCACUGCAUGGGCACUUCAAAGAAGAAUGGAGCGACAAUUAAGAGAGUGAGAGAGAGAGAGAGGUCAAAAAAGUGAGAUAGUGAUGCUCAAGUAGAAAGACAAGAGAGACAAAAGAGACAACCUCCACAGACAUCAGUCCAGAGGAGAGGACGACAAUGUGGCUGACCUCAGUGUCCCCGUGCUGCCUUUACUGACCGAGACUAAUGAGUCACACUGCGGUAAUCGCCAUGGAGACGCUGUGGCCCUUUUACGUUCUGGUGGUUCUGGUUCCAGGCCAUGCAGCACAUUCCCACAAAGUCUCACACGGACUCUUCUGUGUGAAUGAUUAUGUCAACAAAGUCAGCUGCACGUGGAACAGCACCUCGGUGGAUCCUGGUGUGGACUGUUGGAUCAAUGGAACUAAGAGAACCUGGAUCUUGGAGAACGGCACAAGACGUCCUAAGAUAAUUACCCGAGUCUGCAAGCUGAACAGACAGGGAACCUCUCCUCCAGGCUGCACUUUUGUCUUUGAAGAUGAAAUAUUCAACUUCAAAGAAGUCAGCAACAUCAGUGUGGACUGUAAUGGCAAGUUGAUGGAGAGGCUCACAAAGUACAGACCACUCAACCACAUUAAAAUGAAUCCUCCAGAUGUUCCCUCUGUCAGUGCCACUGCUAAUGAGACCCGUGUGUCCUGGCGUCCAGGCAGUCCACGCUCGGUCUACAUUGAAACCUUUGAUUUUCAACUUCAGGUCAAACUGAAACAUCAGACGUGGAAGGAGGCCAGUAUUAUGUCGACCCAGGAGGAGCAGUUAAGAAUACCUGCUUGGCAGCUGAAGGGCCACUGUCAGGUCAGGGUGAGAGUGAAGCCGAGUGACAAACAUAGCAGCCACUGGAGCGACUGGAGUCAGACCACGUCCUGGACUGGAGCAGGACUGGACGAUGAAGAUUGGCUCCUGAGUUCCAAGUCACUGGUAAUGUGGGGGGCGAUGUUGAGCGUGGCUCUUAUUGUCGUAAUGUUCGCCAUUUACAGGACUUGUGUGAGCAAACGGCGUGGCAGUGUGAAGCCGUUACCAAACCCUUCCAAAUACUUCCCCACUCUCCACCCUGUCCAUGGAGGAACUCUAAAGAAAUGGCUCAAUCCUCUGUCGGCUUCUCAUUCCUUCUUCAUGGCUCAGCCAUGUGACCACAUCUCCCCUGUGGAAGUGUGUGAAAGUUGGGAAGUAGUGCCGUCCACCUCUCCGUGCUCCAGCUCCACUAUCGCGCUGCUUCAUACCAGGAGCUUCCCCUUUGCUGGCACAGACUCCAGCAGGGUCGUCUGCGAUUCCUCCUCUUCAUCCUGCUUCUCAAACAUGGGCUACUUCAUGUCCAGCUCCGGCAGCGUAGCUCGGACUGAGCCCAGUCCUGCCUACUUCGCCUAUCAGGAGGACUUCCACAACCUGCACAGCGGCCACACCCUCCACCUCACACUGUGUGCCUCCAUCACCUCCUCUUCCUCAGCUUAUGAAAGCUUGAAGAGGGAGCCUCAGAGCCCGGACUCAGGUUUUGGCAUCAGACCGGAAGAUGAAGAGGAUAACAAAGAUGAAGAGAACAUGAGUGAAGAAGGAGAGGAUGUCUCAGAUGAUCACCUACACUCACCUCUCCUUAUUCUGCCUCUGCAUCCUGCAUCCUGGGUGUGUCCUCCCUCUCGAGCUCCUGCUCAUCUUCCCAGUCUAACUCAGACAUGCUCUGAGGAGCUGGACGAUUCCCCUGUAGCAGCUGCUUCUGGUAACUGUGCAGCCUGGCCGUUGGCUGAUACCAUGUGCAGGUCUUCCUCAAUGCCGGCUGAGCCCUGCAAAGCCGGUUACCUCACCCUCAAAGAACUGCAGACCACAUUCAGCAAUAAAUCCAUAUAGAAGUGUAUCCAGGGGCAAAAUGUAAUCUCUGCUUACACUGAGCAGUGUGACAGAUUAUUGUGGGUGGUUCAAAACUGUACGAUGAUUAGCAGAACAAGCAGGUUACAGGUGAACUUGGGCCCUCUGUUGUUAUGACAGAUCCCAGUGGGGAUUUCCCAGCUGUAAACAAUCAAGUGAAUGAUGGCUGACAUCUGUUCAGCUUUGCUAGCUUCAGGGUGUGUGCUGGUUCAUAUUUUUACACAAGUUGUUCUUGUUCUUGAGGUGGCAAGAACAAGAACAGGAGAUUGCUGUAUUUUACUCAAAUGAAGUAAAAAUGUGACCUCCGUUUCA